AUGAGAGAUUGGCGAUUGGCUACUCUCUUUCUGAUCUAUACUUUUGGCCCCUUCAUGCCCUUUACUAGUCGAGCAGGCCCUCGUAUCACCUCUCAACUCACCAACGCCACUCACAAAGACAGAACGCACUUCAAUACAGCCACUCUCCUCACUCUCCUAACUCCACUGUCCACUCUUGCCAAUCUAGUUACUCGAGAGCUCCCCACUCUUGAGUAUUUGAACGAAGCCGCUGUCAAGGGGCGAAAACUACCGUGGAACGGCCGUGGAGCAGGUGCUGCUGCACUUUCUGUGAUGAAUGGAAAUGCUCAAUUGCCUGUGGUGUUCUUGCAUCAACUGGGGCCUUUAAUGGUCUUCAGUCUAACUAGACUCUUAAUUUGA